AUGGGCUUGGUCGUUUAUUUACUGUUAUUGUGGUCGCAAACGAUAGUCGACGCGUUUCCAUUGAGUGCAGCGUUGCACGGUGCAGUCCUUAAUGCGCGACGAUGCCCACCAUUAAGCGAUGUCGCGUCGCUGAGUUUCGCCGAACCGCCGCAUGUUGUUGUAAGGGACGAGGAACAGUUCGCGUGCAAACGACUGGUCGAAUGUGAUGUGAUGACGUCACCGCCGGAGGUGGGUUUUAAAAUUUUUGAAAGUUUUAAAUUUUUUUAAAUUUUUAAAUUUUUUUUAAAAAUUGCCAUUUUAUGUUAUACGAAUGUCAAAAUUACCUGUUUUUGACUUUUUACUAUUUAAAAAAAAUCUUUUGCCGUACAGUGCAGAACUAAGAAAACUCAUUGCACAGUGCAAUUCUCAUUUAUAUAGGAAUUUUGGCCUUGCACUGUGCAGAGCUUAUUUAUAUAGCAAUUUCGCCCUUGCACGGUGCAAAAUAUUAAAAACACGUGAAUUUUUAAAAAUGGUCAGUUAAAAAUUUCUGCAAAUUUAGGACAUAAAAAGAAAAGUCAAAAUAAAUUAUUAGGGCGUGGGAAUUGCAAAACUACGUGUUAAUUAGAAAUCUUUUUAACGUUUAACUAGUCACCAAAUCACACCUGUUUAAGAUGUUGUAAAAGUUCAAAUUGUACUGUAUUUUAAUUUUAUUGUACUUUGAAAUCCUUUUUUUACAUUUUGAACUUAAAAUCUUUUGUUUUUAGUUAAGAAUUCGGUAUGAAAUGACGUUUUUCGAUCAAAAAAUGGCAUUUUUAGAAAAAAUCCAUGAUUUUUUGUACUUUUUAUGCCAUUUCUAAUCGAAUACCCAAAAUUAUCGACUAAGUUCAACAUGGCCUAUAAACUUUGGGUUGGGAUGUUUGUUCAGGCGUUUUCUAAUUUGGAAUUCCGCGCCUUUUGACAUCAUCAACCGGCUUUAAUUUAGCUCCAAUCUGCUGUCUUUUCCCACCGGAAAUGAACUGCAUCGUGCGGUCCAAAAAACCAAAAAAAGUCGAGAGUUAAGGUCAGAUGCACCCAAAAUUAUGGUAAUACUUGAGAUUUUUUGGGAUUUAUGCUACAAAAAUGGCAAGAACUUUCUUUACAAAGUCAAAAAUGGCAAGAAAUUUUGUUCCAAAACAAGAAUGGCAAUAACUUUCUUUACAGAACACAAAAUGGCAAGAACUUCCUUUACAAAGCAUAAAAUGGCAAGAACUUUUUUUACAAAACAAGAAAUGGCAAGAAGUUUCUUUACAGAACACAAAAUGGCCAGAACUUUCUUUACGUCCUGAUCGUAGCCCUAGUCCUAGCUUCAGCUCUAGCCUGAGGCCCUGCAAGCCCAAAUCUAACAUUAACCCUUAGGUCUGAGUCAAAGCCGAAGCAUAACUCAUAAUACAAUUCUAAACCUAAAGCUAAUCUUAAGCAUAAACUUCAGCAUUAACCUAGACGACUUACAUUACUAUCACAAUGAUAAUGAAUAUUACUUUGUACUGUUAUAUCCUACUCUACUCUACCCUACCCAGCCCUACCUUUUUUAAAACCUUCCAAUUUCAGACAAACGUCUACUGGUUCGUGAACCAAGAAAUGGUGCAUUCAGUAGCGCAACGUGACAUUACAUUGGAAGAGAAUCCAGAACAAACCAUUUUGGGCGUGAGUCAAACAAGGCAUCGAUUCUGUUUGGAUCCGUUCCUGAAGCCGGGCCAAGAAAACACAGUCAAGUGCCGAGUGCAGAGUAGUUGCAAGUCGGAUGUCAUCAUUGAGAGUCCGCCAUUAGUCACUAUGGGACCUUGUAAGUUGUUUUAAGCGCAUUUUUUAAAAGAUGUAAAAUCCAAUAAUUUUUGUGACUACAUGGCUUGAAAAUGCAUUAAAACAUUUGUUUUGGUAAGUUAGGGUUGUUAAAUGACUUUAUAAGUUAAUUUUAGGCAUUUUUGAAAAAAACGAUAAUUUUUGUGACAUUUCGUUACAGGUUUUUAAAAGUCACAAAAAGUAUUUUUUUAUGACUUUGGUUGAUUUUAUAACUUUUUAAGUGAUUUUUGGAUGUUUUAAUUAAUCGAUAAUUUUUAUGACAUUCCGUCACAUUUUAAAAUUUUGUGGUAUAACUGCCUUUCUUAAUUAAAAAUAGCUAAAUUAUUAUAAAAGACGUUAGUAUGUUGUGUUUUACACUCUAUAUUUUACUUUUCUGAUCUCGUUUCCUACAAUUCCAUUCAUACCCCUCAUUAACAAUGGCAAUGUGAACAAAAGACAACGUAGCCUACAUUCGGGCAUUUUUUUGUUGAAAACCAACUUUCUUUUGUCAAAUUAACACGUUUUUCACAAUUUUUGUGUGAAAUUACAACAGGAUACGUCGCAUGACAUACGACGGCGUUGAUUGUAGUCGGCGCACGAGUGAUAUUACUAUGGUAACCAUAGUAAUGUGAUGAGUACAAUUUUUGAGUAGCAUCCGAUGAUAAUUUUAACGAUUUCAAACUUUUUGACGUAAAACGGAAACGUUUUUUUAGUCGAAAAUGUACUUUUAAGUUUUCUCAACGAAAUUUGAAUUUUUAGCUUUGAAAAAAAUUUUUAAUUUUUUUUUAAAUUUUUGAAAAAAAACCCUUAAAAUUACUAAAGACACAUUGAAAAAGCACUUUUUCAAGCCCCCAAAUAUCAUAUUAAAAAUUGCCAAUCAUUCACAACUUUUUAUUUUUUUGAUCAAAUUUUCAACUUAAACAACAUAAAUAACAGUUGAUAUUGAAUACGAUAGCUUAGAAUAAAGUAAGAAAUAAUAAUUUUAUGUUUUUAGUUUAAACUCUUCAUUUUAUAAUGGCACAAUAAGUUAUCACUGUUGACUGCACCGUGCAACGUUUUUUCGGACUGCACGGUGCGAUCCUUUUUUUGUUGAUUUAAUCAAUGUUUUUGAGGUUUUUUUGGGGGAAAAAUUAAAGUACUCGUAUUUUACAAAAUUAAAAAAUUUUUAGAAUAGUUUUUAAGCCUAAAUUUUAAAAAAAAUUUUAUUUUAAUUUUGUAAAUUUUUAACUUUUUGAACUCUGAAUCUAAGCCUCUUUACUGAUAUAUGAUUCUGUAAUAGUAUAAAUCAGACCAGUACCGUACAAAAUGUAGGGUAGGGAAGAGUAGGGUAGGGUAGGGAAGGGAAGGGUAGGGUAGGGUAGGGUAGGGCAGGGUAGGGUAGGGUAGGGUAGGGUAGGGUAGGGUAGGGUAGGGUAGGGUAGGGUAGGGUAGGGGUAGGGUAGGGUAGGGUAGGGUAGGGUAGGGUAGGGUAGGGUAGGGUAGUGUAGUGUAGGGAAGGGUAGGUUAGGGUAGGGUAGGGUAGGGUAGGGUAGGGUAGGGUAGGGUAGGGUAGGGGUAGGGUAGGGUAGGGUAGGGUAGUGUAGUGUAGGGAAGGGUAGGUUAGGGUAGGGUAGGGUAGGGUAGGGUAGGGUAGGGUAGGGUAGGGUAGGGUAGGGUAGGGUAGGGUAGGGUAGGGUAGGGUAGGGUAGGGUAGUGUAGUGUAGUGUAGGGAAGGGUAGGUUAGGGUAGGGUAGGGUAGGGUAGGGUAGGGUAGGGUAGGGUAGGGUAGGGUAGUGUAGGGAAGGGUAGGUUAGGGUAGGAUAGGGUAGGGUAAGACACGGAACGGCACGUCAAGCCAGGGCAACCCGUAUUACAAAAUUUUCAUACUACGUAAUUAAAAACGCCUGAGGGAUUAAAAAUGAUAGCCUAGAGUCAUACUUUAAAUUUUGUUUAAAAAUGCACAUAAUAUAAUAUCCCAGUACGUAUUUUACGUGCAUGAUGAUACACUCUUUAGCUUAUAGUACAUCUAAUGAUGUUAUACCGAGACAAUAAGCUGUAAAUUUAUCCUAUUUAAUAUGUAUUACUGUAAAAAACAAUGAAAGUCAUAAUAAAAAAUAAAUUUUGAUCUAAUUUUGGCAAGAACUUUCUUUACAUGCCAAAAAGUUGCAAAAACUUUCUUUACAAAACAAAAACGGCAAGAACUUUCUUUACAAGCCAACAAAUUUCAAAAACUUUCUUUACAAAACAAAAACGGCAAGAACUUUCUUUACAAGCCAACAAAUUUCAAAAACUUUCUUUACAAAACAAAAACGGCAAGAACUUUCUUUACAAGCCAACAAAUGGCAAAAACUUUCCUUACAAGCCCAAAUAUCUAAAACUUUCCAAAAAACACCCCCUAAACCCUGAAUUUUUCAGCCCAUGCCAACCCACCACUAACCAAAUACUCACCACAAGCCCCACUGAUCACAUUAGUAACGGCGACACGAAUGGAGAUUGCUGGUCAAUUCGUCCAAUUGUUCUGUCAUGCAACCGGUAAACCCAAGCCCAGCAUCGAAUGGAUGGUGCUGGACGACGUGGAGGAAGGCAAGGUGUAUCCUGUCUCGGCGUUCAAGGAAUUCAUUUAUGUAGGUUUCAGACUUAUUUGGUUACUUUUUUAUAUUUUUAAGCUUAAAAAUUUUAAAAAUAUUGCACGGUGCAAUCGGAAAUUCGAUUGCACAGUGCAAAAUUUUGAAAUUUACGUAAAAUUUUAAUUGAAAUAGAAAAAUGAUUAAAAAUGACUUUAAUGGGUUUAGAGUAAGCCUGAAACUAUACUGUUAACAUUUUAUUAUCAGAUCGUUAAAAUUGUCCAUAAACCAGGGAGUUUAAUAUUUCGGACCGUGCAAGCCAAAUUUUGACUGCACAGUGCAAUUUUUUUAAAUUGGUGUAAAAUUUGUAUUGGAAUAGAAAAAUGAGUAAAAAUGACUUUCGCGAGUUUAGAGUAAGCCUUAAGUCAUACUGUUAACAUUUUAUUAUCAGAUCAUUGAAACCGGCCGAAAAACAGUAAAUUAAAUAUUCUGCACCGUGCAAUCGAAAAACUGACUGCACGAUGCAAAAUUAGUCUGAAAUCAUAUUGUAAAAAUUUCAAAUCGAUAACUUUUAUAUUACUCUCGUUAUGAGAAUGUCAAAUCGAUUGCACCGUGCAAAACAUAAAUUCUUGGCACUGUGCAAAAUUUUAAAAUCUUUUUGUAAAAUUCAAAACAAAUGUUUAAAUUUUAAAAACUGAUUAAAUCACAUUAAAAGUAGUCUAAAAUCAUAAUGUAAAAAUUUCAAACAAUAGGUUUUAUAUUAAUCUUAUUAUGGACGUGUCAAAUCGACUGCACCGUGCAAUCAAAAAAACCUUUUGCCAGGUUUUUUGGGUAAAAACUCGAUUUUUUUCGCAUUUUUUAAUAAUUCUAUUAAAACUUUAAUGAAAAACAAGUAAUAUAAAGUAUUUACAAUUACAAAUUGUAAAUAAAUAUUAAUGUCACAUUAAAAGUGAACGGUCGAUGGCGUUAAUUUUUGAAUAAUUCAAGUUCAGGUGAAACGACAUAACAAAAAAGCAUCUGGCCGCGAUUUUAAUGCAUAUUCAAUUACAAAUCACUAUAAUAAGUAACAGUUUGCGAGACAAUUUGCGUAAUUUGUUUAUAUGACAAAUUGAAUGGACAUAUGAUAGGAAAUUCAAUUAGAGAUACAAUUUUAAUAGUGUAAAACGUAAUAAUUUUGUUAUACUGUGAUAUUUUGGAGUUUAAGAACACAUGAGUUUAGUUUUGGCAGUUCAAAAGCACAAAAAAAAGUUUUUUAGAUUUUGCACUGUGCAAUGAAUUUUCGGAUUGCACGGUGCAGUCAAUUUGACAUGCCCAUAAUGAGGUUAAUAUAAAACCUAUUGUUUUGAAAAUUUUACAGUAUGAUUGUAGACUAAUUUAAGUGUCAUUUGACUAGUUUCUAAAGAUUUAAAAAUUUUUUUAAAUUUUAUAAAAAUUUUAAAAAAAUUUUGCACAGUACAAAGAAAUUAUGGAUUGCACAGUGCAGUCUUUUUAGCUUUGAAAUCUUAAAAUUUGAAACAUUUUAUACUAACCAUGCCCCUUCUUUCAGAUGCUAGAAGGCGGCGACAUUUUAAUAAACACAGCCGCCACCGACCGUGCCUCCAUCACGCUACAAUGCAACGCGAGUAACGAGGACGGAUACGACGCGGCCGAAUCGUCUUUGAUCAUUCUAGCGGCCAACGAAUAG